AUGGCGGCCAACAUGUACCGGGUCGGAGAUUAUGUGUUUUUCGAGAACUCCUCCAGCAACCCUUACCUGAUCCGGCGAAUAGAAGAGCUUAACAAGACGGCCAGCGGCAAUGUGGAGGCCAAGGUAGUGUGCUUCUACAGAAGGAGGGACAUUUCGCACAGCCUCAUCCAGCUAGCAGACAAACAUGCAAAAGAGCUGGAGGAGGAGAAGGAGAACCCCCCGGAGACGGAGCUCACAGACAAACAGAAGCACCAGCUUCGCCACAGAGAACUCUUCCUCUCGCGCCAGUAUGAGAGCCUACCCGCCACGCACAUCAGGGGAAAGUGCAGCGUGGCGUUACUCAAUGAGACUGAAGCAGUUCUUUCAUACCUCGACAAGGAGGAUACUUUCUUCUACUCUCUGGUGUACGACCCGACACAGAAGACCCUACUGGCCGACAAAGGCGAGAUCCGAGUGGGGCCACGCUUCCAGGCUGACGUGCCGGACAUGCUUCCGGAGGCUGGCCAAGCAGACGACAGGGACCAGGCCAAACUGGAGGAGAAACUCUGGGAUCCUGACUGUCCGCUCACUAACAAACAGAUCGACCAGUUUUUGGUGGUGGCGCGGGCGGUCGGCACCUUUGCCCGGGCGCUGGACUGCAGCAGCUCAGUCCGACAGCCAAGUUUACACAUGAGCGCGGCGGCAGCGUCGCGUGACAUCACACUGUUCGACGCUAUGGACACGCUGCACCUUCACAACUACGACCUGUCGAGCGCGCUGAGCGUGCUGGUGCCGGCGGGCGGGCCUGUUCUCUGCCGAGACGAGAUGGAGGAGUGGAGCGCCUCAGAAGCGGCCAUGUUUGAGGAGGCGCUAGAGAAGUACGGCAAGGACUUCAACGACAUCCGACAAGAUUUUCUACCCUGGAAAUCUCUGAGCAGUAUCAUAGAGUACUAUUACAUGUGGAAGACCACGGACAGAUACGUGCAACAGAAGAGGCUGAAGGCAGCUGAGGCCGAGAGCAAGCUGAAGCAAGUUUAUAUUCCUACAUACAAUAAGCCCAACCCCAACCAGAUCUCGCUGACCAAUGGCAAGAUGGCAACCGUCAAUGGCGCUGGACCUGGAACCUUCCACGCGGCGGGCGGGGGCCGAGCCUGCGAGAGCUGCUACACGAUGCAGUCGGCCCAGUGGUACUCGUGGGGGCCCCCCAACAUGCAGUGCCGUCUGUGCGUGUCCUGCUGGAUGUACUGGAAGAAGUACGGCGGUCUGAAGAUGCCGAGUCGAGCCGAGGCGCCCGAAGAGAGGACCUCCCCAAGCCCAGCCGCUAACGAGCCACGUUCGCGUAGCCACGCCCCACGCCAGUCUAACCACAUUCCCAUGCGCAACAGCGGCAGCCCUAAGUCGUCCAUGAAGACCAAGCAGGCCUUCCUGCUGCAGGCUACGCGCCUCACUAAACUGGCGCGCCACAUGUGCCGCGACGUCAUCAGGCUGCGCCGUGCCGCGCGCCGCCCCUUUGUACCUAUUAACUGCGGCGCCAUAAAAGCAGAGUAUAUCACAAGGGCGUCUGAAGGUCACGGGACACGCCUCCCCAAGAUCCGAGCGGCGCAACGGAGCACUUUGACCAGCGUGGUGCAGUUCCUCGAGUCUCGUCCGGCGUCCCAGGCCCCGCGUUCGCACCGCACGGCCGGCCUGCAGACACCGCCGCCGCGUCGACUCCUGUCCUCGCUGCCGCACGGGCCCCAUGGCAUGCUGGGAAAGCGAAGCUUUCAUCAUCACAAUAGAGGAGCGGAGUCUGACAGGCGCCCAGAGAAUCCGGGAACCACAGGUGGCGCUCUAAUGCAUAACGGACGCAGCAGCGGCAGCGGAAGCACCCGCGGAGGCGUGAUGAUCCGCAAGAGACGCCCCAACUGGAUCGACGCCCCUGACGACAGCUUUUUCCUCGUCACCCGGGAGACCAGGAGAGCGAGGCGUCUGCUGUCACGCUCGCAGCUGCGGCACGCUUGUAGACAACCAUGUGAGCAGAUCACCUUGCGAAGAGCAUCCCAGGCGCCUCCUCCGCAGGGGCUGGUAUUAGGGCCUCCGCACCCGCACCCCAGCUUGAGGAUGCGGGGCCCCAUCGUCAUCCACGACUGA